CAGAAGAAUUCUUCGAAGUCUUCUUUGCGGUUUGUAGGGUUUAUAAGUUAUUGUUUUUUUUUAAUCAAGUUUUGUUCAUUUAAUAGUAAUUUCUCGUAGUUUAGGCCCUAAUAAGUAUUUAAGCUCUAUUAAGUAGUGUCAGUACACUUUCUAAGGCUGCCGAGACCGACGUUGGCAGCCAAGGACUCUCUAGAACUCGCGCCCUAAGGUUCGCGUAUUUUUGCAUGGUAGGGUUUUCACCAAUUGUCAUUAGGCCUGUACGUUUUCUCUACUUUGGAAAUGUAGGCCUAGUUCAAGUAUGAUACAAGCCUGAAUAAGGAGAAGAAGGACAAAAGCAAAUUUUGAUUCUUAACUAAGACAGACCCCAGUCAACAUGAGUGUUAUCAUCAGGCUGCAGAACCUGCCUUGGUCAGCCAAUGCGCUAGACAUCCGCCAAUACUUCCAGGGCCUCUCCAUCCCUGAAGGAGGUGUACACAUUGUUGGCGGAGAGCUCGGCGAUGCCUUCAUUGCCUUUAGCACUGAUGAAGAUGCCCGUCAAGCGAUGCUUACUGAUGGAGGAAAGAUUAAGGAAGUGAAGAUAAAAUUAUACCUCAGCUCACGUUCAGAGAUGCAGAAGGUCAUUGAAACCGCAAGGGCUCAAAGUAUGAGUCUUCAGACAUUCAUGCAAAUGCCCUCAACACAAAUUCCAGUGAUACCUGCUACACAGAUUCCACCAACUCCCUCACAGACGACACCUGUAAUACCACCAAUGCCUCAAAUCAAUCAGAUUGUGUCAAAACCAGCAACUCCGGAAAUAAAACCUCCACCUGUUCCGGUGUCUUCGAUUCCCACCCCAGAAGUGGCCAAGCCUGAACCUGAAACUGAAAAGAAAGAUCAAGAUACAGACAGCAUCUCCGGAAAAGAUGACAAACGAGGUCGCAAGGGUCGUUCAAGGUCUAAAUCUAAAAAUCGUUCUAAAUCAAAAGAUCGGUCAAGGUCCAGAGAUAGAUCAAAAUCCCGUGAUAGAUCGAGGGACAGGUCAAGGUCUAGAGACAGAAAUCAUAGACGUAAAGAUAAUUAUCGAGAUAGAAGACGACGAAAUAGAAGCAGAAGCAGAGAUCGUAGGGAUAGAAGAAGAUACCGAGACAGAAGCAGAUCCAGAGACAGAUCCCGCAGGUCAUCAAAGGACAAGAAACGAGACUAUGAUCGCAAUGAACAAAACAAUAUAGAGAAUAGCAACGAUGCGCCAGCUAAUGUAGCUGUAGAAAAGGAUAUUCCAAUGCCAACUACUUUGGCUCAACCAGGCAAACCAGGAUUCAGCAAUUCAGGUUGGGUUGCAGCAGGGGCCUCUGAUAAAGCAACUGGUCCACUUCUCUCCACUCCGAUUGGGUUUAGUAUUAGUAAAAAUCCAACUGCUGCAGCGUCACAACCUUCCAGAUCUGGUACAAAUCCUAAUGCGCAGCAAAUUCAGAUACCCAACCAAAUUCCAGUUCCCCAACAAGCUAUCCCUAUGUCCCAACCUCUGAAUAUGCCACCUCAACCUCCUAAUUUCCCCAUGAUGCCUAUGGAUGUUCCUAAAGAUCAAGAUGGAAGAAGGUUUGACCCUAACACAUUUCCUCCAGGCGCUUCUCAGCUUCCUCACAGUCUCCCACCCUCACUACAAAAUACCCCAUUUGGAAGAAACCAACCUUUACUCCCUCCGAACGAAUCAAAUAGUAUGAUGCCUCUAAAUGAUCCUGGGAAAUUUCCAAAUAUGGCUGGUUGGCCUCCUAUGAGACCACCAAUGGAUCCCUCCAUGAUGAUGCCCAUGCCAGAAAUUGGAAACCUGAACCCUCUAGAUAAGCAACCAUUACCUCAGCCGAUGGGUAAUAUGGGAAUGUUUAUGAGACCCCCAAUGAUGGUUCCCAAUGAUAAAUUUCAACCUCCGUAUGUGAAGCAUGAUCCAAGGAUGCAAAGUGAUUUUACUCAAUCCCAAAUUAGAAAUGAUGGACCAUACCCGCCUCAACAAAAUUUUCCUGGAAGUGAGUUUGGCCCUUCCAAUACAAUGAAUGUUUUCAUCAAUACCUGUGUAGAAAUCAGAGAUAUGUCAAUGAACACAACAAGCUUGGAUAUUAGGAGGUUUUUCCAAGGUUUACUAAUUCCUGAAAAUGGCAUCAAAAUCAUUACUGAUAAAAAGGGUAAUAAAGUUGGGAUAGCUUAUGUCCGAUUUGGAAAAGUCUACUUUAAGGAUAUGGCUCUCAAGAAAACAGGUCAACUCUUAAAUGGUUCACCUGUUGAAGUGCUACACAUUGAUGACAACAUAUUUGAUAAAGCUACAGAUGUUUCUGAAUUUUCAGAAAACUAUUUAGAAGAUGCUCCAGCUUAUCCAAAGCAUUAUAAUGACAGCUUUAGAAGACCACAAGAGCCAAUGGAACAUUUCACUGACUUAGUCAUUCAUGAUGUACCUUCCUUCGCUAAAGACAGAGAUAUUUAUAGUUUAUUUAAGGGUUUAAAAGUAGCUGAUGCUUUUGUUCUUUUAGGAACUGGAAGAAAGACAGCUACAGGAUAUGUUAGGUUUGAAUCCCCAGCUGAAGCCAGGAAAGCCCUAACAAGUUCAUCUAGACUGGCAAUCGGUUAUACUUCUGUGAAGGCAGCAGUAUGUUAUGAACAUGAGUUUGAUGAAGCCAGGGAUCGAAAGAAUAUGGAAGAAAAUGAUGAAGAAAUUAUGGAUCCCAAAGAUACAGGAUACAUUCCUCAGGAUGCAAGGGGUUCCAGGUUCUCUAAAAAUUAUCCUCCUCAAGCGUACGGCUCAGAAAGAACAGAUCCUAGAUUUAACCAGUCUGAGAAAAGAGUCUUAUUGCCCACACCCGGUCUUAAACCAUUUGAUCCAAGAUCUGGUCGCAGUAACAGCUCUAAUCCACCACACUUUGAUAAAAGGCAAAAUGAGUUCCCAUCCCGCUCUCCAAGGGAGGAUUUUCACCAGAAACCAUAUGGUCCUGAUGAUAUGCAUCACCAGAAAACAUAUCCGAGGGAUGGGGGAAGAGAUGGCGGACGCUACCCUUCUAAAUCCAAUUAUAGAGAUGAUCGUGGUAGAAGACACCAAUUUCAAAGCAAUCGAAGAAAUCAUCCUCAAGAGGAUUUCCAACGUAGUUCAUAUGAGGAAGAGUUCGAACCACAUCCACCCAACUCAAGGAACAAACCAACAAAUGACCAUCCAAAUGAUAUGCACAAACCUCCAAAUAUUAAACCUGAAAGUAUUUCUCAAGGCAGAGUGAAAGCCCCUAACAAGGAUGAUAAGACUAAAAAUAGUAAUGUAUCAACUUCUAAAGAAGAUCUUAUCAAAAGUGAUAACCAUGUUGAUCAAAAAGAUGUUAAAAGUGAUAAAAAUGAAAGUCGUGUACAAAAUGAAGUUGUAGAUUCUCAUACUGAAAAUCAGCAAACUGUUAGUACACCAAAUAAAAGAGAUUUAAAUCCCGAACAAGAAACUCAAAAUAGGUCCAAGAGACCUGCCAACUUUAUUCAGACUGACUGCCUUAUUCUGCGAGGGCUGCCUUUCUCUGUUACAGAUAGAGACAUUUUGGACUUUUUCUCUGAUGAAGGCCUUGCGCCUACUCAAAUACACAUUAUGCUAGACAAACAGGGCCAACCUGCUGGUGAUGCAUUUUGUGAGUUCAAUACAACUGAGGAAGUAGAGAGGGCAUUGAGUAAAAAUGGGACUCAUAUGGGUAGAAGUGUUGUGUCAGUUAACCCUGUAUCCAGAGAAGAACUUAUGGAAGCAAUUGGUAUCCCCCCUCCACCACAUGACCAUAUGCAAGAGGACUACCCACCAAAUUUUCCACAGCAAGAGUUUCGUCCUCAUUUCCGUCAUCCUCGAGGAAUGCCUGGCUAUCCUCCUCGUUUCCCUCGAGGUAGAGGGAGAGGCUUCCCACCUUCAAGAGGAAGAGGAAGAGGUCAUUUCCCCUAUCCUGAGGGGCCUGGUAGACAUCAUCCCCCACCGAAUGAAAUGGACGUAGAUUCACAAAGUGUAAAUGCCUUUGGCAAACCCGGAUGUGUAGUUGCUAUGGAGAACGUGCCAUAUCGUGCUGAAGUCCAGGAUAUCAUAGAUUUCUUUCAUGGUUUCUUUGUUCCUAGGGACAAUGUUAUCAGGAGAUUCAAUGAAGAUGGAAGGCCAACAGGAGAUGCUAGGGUAUGUUUCAGCAGUCCUAAUGAAGCUCUCAAAGCAGUAAAAAAUCUCAAUUUUAAUCAAAUAUUCAACAGGGAAAUAACUUUAACAUUGGUACAAUGAACAAGUAAUGUGUGUGAACCAAUGGUUUCAGGUUUUUUUUUUAUCUGGAUUGUAAAAAGUAGUUUUAAAGAUGAUUACAAAUAAAUUUGUAACUAUCAACCAUUUAAAGUUUAUCAUUAAUCCAUCAUUAAGAAUAAUUAAUUGUCGAAAUAAAGGUAGCCCUUGAUUAUUUUGCAAAAUCACUACAAUAGUUUGUUUCCAAGAUGCUAAAUGUCGCCAUUAUUUUGGUGUAAGUCUUAGUAUUCUCAAAUCUUUAUUUUAUAUAAAAAAGGAUCUCAAGCAACGGAUUUUAACAAGUAGACUACUUUCAAAUUGUAGUUAUGACAUAUUUCAUGCAAUUUCACUAUAUAAAAUUGUUUGAAACUUCUUUUAUUUUAUAUAUACACUUUCUCAUUUUAAAACUUUAGCCUAUAGUGUAAACAACAACCACAUGGUGGUUACCUCAUGCCCAUAAGAUGGAAAAAAUAGAUAAAUGUGUUUUUUUUUUCAUUAUUUGUGAGGUGUUUUAGUGGACUGAAGAUCUCAGAUUAGAAUUAAUUUUCUUGAAUGUACAUAUAUAAAUAUUAGGAGUUGAUACUUGUAUAUAUAGAGAUAAAAUUUGUAUAAAAGUCAUCAGUGUUGUUUUGCAUUAUUUUCAUACACAAAUUUCUUAUUAU